AUGUAUACUCUUCGUCUGGCAGUACUGGCAUGGUUCACGUGCAUCGCCGCUACCCUGGGCCAGGAAGCACCCGCAAACAUCGCUGAACGACAAGCUGGGCCUGGAACGACCUUACAGUCUGGGUGGUACUGGAUUCGAGCAGUCGCUUCGCCCAACUUCCACAAGUACCUCCAGACAAAGCCCGCGUACAAGCCAGGCACUGCCAUUCUCGACUCCUACACAACCGCAGGGCAGUUCAAUAUCAAGGAUGGGCAGCUCAUCGCCAACAUAGGCACGGGCGCCGACCCGCUAUACUUGAACGUUGAGAAACCCGCGGACCUCACCCAGAGGACACUGGCGACCUGGUUCAACACGACCAAGAACCCAUUCGGCACCUUUGUCUUCCAAGGUGACGCCGUAACGUGGAGCACGCCAGAGGUCAAGAGGCAGAACCUUGCGGCCUGGCUGGUUUGCAAAAACCAGGCAUUGUUCAUUAACACCGGUGCCUAUGGAUAUCAAACCCCGAGCGGAUGUGCGGACCAGACCGUGAGCCCACAUAUCCCUAUCCACAAGGUACUUAAAACUGACGCGGGGGUAGAUUCAUUACUAUAA